CUAAACCCCAUUAAACAUUUAAUCUAUUUCUCUUCCUUCUUGUUCUUACACUUUAUGGAGAGUUUUAUUAGAUGGAAGCCCCAGGUGGUGUUGCUUUUUGCAGUGGUCUGUGGGGUAUACAUUAUUUCUAUAUGUGUGAGGCAAACAAGUAAUUUCACAAGCUCAGAUUCCAUGAACAUCCAUUUGGUUGAUCCCUUAUGUCCCAUUCCCAUGAAUCUCCAAAAAUGGGAGAUUCCUCUUCAACAUUUCCCUAAACCUCAGACUUUUAGCAGAGAGGAAUGCGUGUGCAACCCGGUUCGGUUUUUCGCGAUCUUGUCGAUGCAAAGGUCGGGGAGCGGAUGGUUUGAGACGUUGUUGAAUAGUCACACAAAUGUGAGCUCAAAUGGAGAAAUCUUCAAUGUUAGGGAGAGGAGGAGCAAUGCUUCAAUGGUGAUUAGGACUCUUGAUAGAGUUUACAAUCUUGAUGUUCUCACUAGUUCCUCAAAGAAUGAGUGUUUGGCUGCAGUUGGCUUCAAAUGGAUGCUUAAUCAGGGAGUAAUGGUGCACCACGAGGUGAUUGUGGACUACUUUACAAAACACGGCGUGUCUACGGUAUUUCUACUACGAAGAAACCCGUUGCGUAGGUUGAUCUCUCUACUCGCAAAUACUUAUGACAAGGAUGUUAAGCUAUUAAAUGGAACACACAAAUCUCAUGUUCAUACUCCACAAGAGGCUCAAAUUCUAGCCAAAUACAAACCAAGUGUGAAUAUAUCAUCACUCAUACCCAAGCUGAGAAGCACCAUGAAGAAUUCCGCUACCGCUUUGGAUUACUUCAAGAACACGAGGCAUGUCGUGUUUUACUACGAAGAUAUUGUCAAAAACCGCACCAAGCUUAGAGACGUUCAAGAGUUUCUUGGCCUGCCGAUUAGAAACCUUACCAGUCUGCAGGUUAGGAUACAUAGCGGCGGCGCUUUAUCAGAACAGAUUGAGAAUUGGGAUGAAGUGGAAGAGAAACUGAAGGGAACCAUGUAUGAAAAGUUUCUCUACACAGAGGAGUAGUAGUCUUAAAAUCCUCAACACAUGUAAACUACAAUAGUAUAGUGAUCCAAUUUUCAUUUUUGUAGUGUAUGGUUAAAUG